AUGACGUUGAAACUGAGACAGAAUGAUAAAAGCAGACAAUUCAGUACUUUAGUUCCAACAAGCAGAACUAUGAGGCUGUAUCCUUUGGGAUUUUCCAGACUGAAAAAUGUUUAUUCAAACUGGAACCCAAGAAACCCUCUCUUAAGUGACUUUGGUAAUGGAGUGCAGUCAUCUAUUAGAUAUCUAUUUCAGGAUUUCUUAAUUUUUAAAUCAGGAGAUAAUUUUCAAACAAAGGGCAUAGGCACUGAAACAGUCCUUACAGUUGACAGACUGCUUUGUCCUAGAAGACUGUCCUUUGAUUCAAAACACUCUCUUGACCCUGAUGAUGGAUUGAAGAAGAUAACAUUUCAUCAUAAGGCCUCCAAUGAAGAUGUGCUCACCAAGGAAACAAAACCAACCCCUGUCAACUAUAAAAAACUGUCUCAGGAGUAUAGUUCUCUGAGUGAUGUGUUCGAUACGUUUUCAGAAGGACCUAUAUUUCCCAGUAGUAAUUAUUUUUCAGCAAUGUGGAUAAUUGCCAAAAGGAUGUCUGAUGACCAGAAGCAUGUUGAAAAACAACUGAUGUUUAACCACCCUGCAUUUAACCAGCUGUGUGAACAAGUGGUGAGAGAAUCCAAGAUCAUGCACUGUGACCACCUGCUGUUCAGUCUUCAUGCUAUGGUGAAACUUGGAAUUCCUCAGAACACUCUGCUGGUACAGACUUUGCUGAGGGUGGUCCAAGAACAUAUCAAUGAGUGUGAUGAGAAAUGUCUUUCAGUUUUGUCAACUAUUUUAGAGGCAAUGGAGCCAUGCAAGAAUGUGGACGUUCUUCGAGCAGGAUUGUGGAUACUAGUUGAUCAGCAAGUCUGGAAAAUAGAGCGUGUCUUUACAUUACAAGCUGUGAUAAGAUGUGUUGGAAAAGAUGCACCAAUUGCUCUUAAAAGGAAACUGGAGAUGAAAGCCUUGAGAGAAUUAGACAGAUUUUCUGAUUUUGCCAUGAAUCACCGCUCUAUUAUACUUCUGGAUGAAUGCAGUAAGAUGGUCAUAGGUAAUAUCCAUGGGUGUCCUUUUAAAGUACUGAUCAACAUAUUGCAGUCUUGCAGAGACCUCCAGUACCAUAAUUUAGAUCUUUUUAAGGGAAUAGCAGAUUAUGUGGCUACAACUAUUGACAUCUGGAAGGUAAAGCAAGUUCUUUUUCUCCUCAUUUUAUUUGAAAACCUUGGCUUUUGACAUACUGAUUUGAUGGACUUGUUCAUGAAGAAAGUAGCUGAUCUUGCCUCUCUAAACAUGAAAAGCAUUAUCUGUAUUCUUCAUGUGUAUUCUUCUCUCAAUCAGUUCUACAAAUGCCAGACCUCAGAGUUCCAAGAAGUUAUGCUGGCUACUUCUCUGACUGGUUAUCUCCACCACAUCUUUUCUGAAAAUCUAUUAAAUGCUGUGUGUUCAUUUUGCUUGAUGAACCAUUUUCCCAUGGCCCUUAUUAAUCCACUUCUCCAAAAGGACGUCAUCAAUGAACUGCUGAUGUCAGGUAAUGAGAGGAAUGCUCACAAGCUUUGUAUUUUGGCUGCUUGCCUAAAACUGGAUAUUUCUUGUCAGAACACCGUAGAUUUGGCCCCACCACCGCUGCUGUCCACAGCAUUGUAUCCAAAUGUGAAGGUGGCAGAUGCGCUAAGUAGCCUUCUGGGAGAAGGAUACUUCUCAAAAAACAGACAGUUGACACACAAUUACCAUAUUGAUUUUGAAGUAAGAAUGGAUAUUAACAGGAGUCAACUGCUUCCAUUUUCCGACGUGGUAACUUCCGCUGCAGAUACUCAAGGAGUAGCUGUACUGUGUGUUCCUAGAUCUACUUACUGUUUGGAUUUAGCCCACCCCAGAGGAUUCCUUGCUAUGAAAAUGAGACAUUUGAAAGUAAUGGGUUUUCACGUGAUCUUGGUCCGUAAUUGGGAGGUAGAAAGGCUGGAGAUGCAGGAUGUAGUCACACUUUUGAAGACCAAACUCUACUCAGCUGACACCUUUCUUACAGCUGAUGCAAAUCUGCAAAGCACGUGUUAAAGUCAAAGCAGCUUUUUCGUAUUAGCAAACAUAAGUUUGUAAAAGAACUUUAAUAAAGACUACAAUUCAGAAAAAAAAAAUCUUUGAAAACAUAAAAUAAAAUAAAAAAGAUGGCACUUAAAAUGAAUCCUACAACAUAUAAAAAAAAAAAGACUAUAAACUACAACCAAAUUGUAUUCCCAAAGAGUAUGAAGUGGAACGAUUAGAUAUCUGUAUCCCCAGAUUACCCUAUACUGUAUACACAACUAACUUGAAAUGCAUUACAGAUAAAAAUGUAAGCACUGUUAAUUAUAAAACGUCUAGAUGAAAACAUACAAGAAAGUUUUUAUGACCUUAGGUUAGUCACAGAUUUCUUAAAUAUAACACCAAAACCAAGAUCCCUAAAAGGAAUAAAAGAGAUAAAUUGGACAUUAUGAAAUUUUGAAAAAAUGAAAAUGUAAGCCACAGAAUUGGAUAAAAUAUUUGCCAAUUAUGUCUGAUCAAACAUUUACAUCCAGAUAUAUAAAGAACUCUCAACAAGUAGACAAACCAAAGUAUUUAUAUAUAUUAAGGGCAAAUAAACCUGUGAAAAUAUGCUCAUUAUCUCUAGGGAUGUGUAAAUUGAAACCACAAGAAGAUGUCAAUUCACUAGAAUGACUAAAAUAAAAAAGAUAAUGAAAAGUGCUGGUGAAGAUAGGAAGAAAUUGGGAAAAUUUAUCCAUUGCUGGUGGAAAUGUAAAUGGUACAGCCACUCUGGAAAACAGUAGCAGUUUUUGAUAAAGUUCAAUACAUACUUAUUUAUGGAACCAAGCAAUUUCAUUUCUAGUUAUUGAAGUAAAAACUUACAUGAAACAAAGUCUGUGUCUACACAAAGACUUGUGCAUGAACAUUCAUAGCAAUGUCAUUCAUAAUGGCCCCAAGCUAGAAGCAAUCCAUGUAUCUAUCUGGUGGUUAGUAGAUAAACAAAACCUGGUAUACUUACAUAAAGGAAUGCUACUCAACAGUUUUAUAAAGGAAUAAACUACUGAUAUAUGAGACAACUUGGAUAUACUUCAAAAAUAUUACCCUAAGUGAAAGAAUAUAGACACAAAAGAUAAUUCCAUUUUGAUGAAAUCUCUAGAAAAAGCAAAACUAUAAAGAUGGCUAUUUUUGCCUACUGUAAGAGUGGGAAUUAACUGUAAAUGAGCAUGUGGUAACAUUUUGGGUUGAUAGAAGUGUUCAAAUAGUAGAUUGGGGUUAUGUUUGCACAACUGUAUAAUUUGCUGAAUCAUGAAAUUGUACGCUUGAAAUGGAUAAAUUUCAUGGUAUAUAAAUUUUACCUGAAUAAACCAUUUUUAAAGUUACCAUUUAAAAUAGCCUAAAAUAUUAAAAAUAAGAAUAAAUCUAACAAAGGAUGUAUUAGAUGUCUACAGAGAAAUACUACUGGGAGAAAUUAAAGAUAAUCUAAAUAAAUGGAAUGACAUAAUAUAUUCAUGGAUUGGCUGGCUCAGUAUCGUAAAGAGGUCAGAUCUCUUCAAAUUGAUCUCAAAAUUCAGUGAAGUCCUGGCCAAAAUAUCAGAGUGCCAAUGGCCCAGAAUAGGUAAGAUAAGUGAAGAAGAAUUAGAAAAAAGUUGGAGGACUUAAACAAUGAGAUAUCAAUAUAUAUUGUAAAGCUACAAUAAUUAGGAUAGUGCAGUAUUACUCAAGAAUAAACAAAUAGAUCAAUGGAACAGAAUAGAGAAUACAGAUAUAGAGCCAUUCAUCUAGGGACACUUGAUUUCUGAGAAAGGUGACACUGUGGAGCAUUGAGGAAAGGGCUGAGACAAUUGGGCAUUCAUGUGAGAAAAACAUUCCUCACAUAAUAAACAAAAAUAAAUUCUAGCUGGAUUGUUGAUCUGAAUGUGAGAGGUAAAACAAUAAGGCAUCUGAAGGUAAUACAGUAGAAGAUCAUAGUGAUUUGGGGAUAGCCAAAUUUUGCUUACCAAGAAGAAUUAUUUGUAAUAUGCAAAAAAUGGAAACUUCCUAAAUACUCCUCAACUGAUGAAUGGAUAAGUUAAUGUAAUAUGUCCACAUAGUGGAAUAUUAUUCAGCAAGGAAAAGAAAUGAAGUAUUGAUGUGCACUAUAACAUGGAUGAAGUUUGAAAACCUUAUGCUAAAUGAAAGAAACCAGUCACAAAAAACUAUAGAUUAUAUGAUUCCAUUUAUAUGAAAUGUUCAGCAAAGGCAAUUCAGUAGAGACAGACAUGGAUUAGUGCUUGCUUAGGGCUUGGUGAAGGUGAGAGUGUUGGGAGGAAUGGGAAGUGGCAGCUAGAGGGCAUGCAGUUUGGGGGUGAUAAGAAUAUUAUAAAAUUAGAUUAUUGUGAUUGUUGCACAAUCCUGGGGACACACUAAAGAACUUUGAAUUGUACAUUUUGAAUGAAUUGGAUAGUUUGUGAAUUAUUAUUUCAAUAAAGCUUUUUUUAAAAAAGCAAAAAAUGAAAAGAUAAAUAUAUUAGACUGCAUUAAAAUGAAAAGUUUUUAUACCAAAGACACUAUUAAAGGAGAGAAAAGGGGGCACCUGGGUGGCUCAGUCAUUAAGCGUCUGCCUUCGGCUCAGGUCAUGGUCCCAGGGUCCUGGGAUCGAGCCCCACAUUGGGCUCCCUGUUCUGCAGGAAGCCUGCUUCUCCCUCUUCCACUCCCCCUGCUUGUGUUCCCUCUCUUGCUGUGUCUCUCUCUGUCAAAUAAAUAAAUAAAAUCUUUAAAAAAAAAAGGAGAGAAGAGGCAAUCCACAAAAUGGGAAAUGAUAAUUGCAAUAUAUAUGUCUGUCAAAGGACUAGUUUCCAUAUGGAUAUCUUUUAUAAAUCAAUAAGAAAAAGAGAUAACCUGAUAGAAAAAAUGGGCAAUGGAUUUGAACAAGUUCUUCACAAAAGAAGAUAUCCAUAGAGCCAAUCAGUUUUUGAAUUGCUCCUUAUUAUAAUUAACCAUCAUGGAAAUGCAAAAUAAAGGGACUGUGAGAUACCACUGCACACACAUCAGAAUGACUAAAAUGAAGAAGACUGAUAAUACCAAGUGUUGACAAGGAUACGAAGCAACUGGAAUACUCAUACAUUGCUGUGUUGUUGAAAAUUAAUAUGAUCAUUUUAGCAAAUUGUCUGGCAAUAUCUGCUGAAGAUGAACAAUUAAAUGCCCUAUGAUUUUGCAGUUCUACUAGACAUAUGCUCAAAACUAUGAGAAUGGGGCGCCUGGGUGGCUCAGUUGGUUAAGCGACUGCCUUCUGCUCAGGUCAUGAUCCUGGAGUCCCGGGAUCGAGUCCCGCAUCAGGCUCCCUGCUCGGCAGGGAGUCUGCUUCUCCCUCUGACCCUCCUCCCUCUCAUGCUCUCUGUCUCUCAUUCUCUCUCUCUCAAAUAAAUAAAAAUAAAAUCUUUAAAAAAAAAACAAAAAAAAAACUAUGAGAAUGUUCAUAGCUCUGUUAUUUUUAAUAGCUCUCAAAUGGAACUCAAUCUGAAUGGUCAUCAACAGUAGAAUGAAUACAUAAAUGGUAUCAUCAUACAAUAAAAUAUUUAUAAAGCAAAGAAAAUGAAUCAGUUAUUUCAACUUGCAACAACAAGGGUGAGUCUCAUUAACAGAAGAAGCCAGAUAUGAAAGUGUAUGGACUGUAUGGCACCGUUCACAUAAAAUCCCAAACCAUGUAAAACUGAUCCAUAUUUGUAGAGGUCAGGAUAAUGGUUAGCUUUGAGAUGGAAUUAGGGGGGAGUUUCCAGGGUGUUGGGAUAUUCUCUGUCUUGACUUGGGUGGUGGUUACAUGAGUAUGUGCACUCUGUGGAAAUCCAUUAUAAUUUAUGCACUUUUCUGCAUGUAUGUUACAUUCCAUUUAAUAAGUUUUUUUUGAGAGUUGAUUGGAGUGAUGCAAAAAUGAGGGCAGGAUUUGAGAAAUUCAUAUAAUUAUCCAUGUGAAAUGAUGUGGGAAUCGGUAGAGGUGGGAAGAGAAAGAAGUGGCAAUUUGAGAGGCAGUUAGGAAGUAGUUUGGAUGUAGCUUGGUGGUUGAUUCAGUAUAGCAGUGUUCUAGGUUGAAUGGUGUCCCUGCCAAAGAUAUUUGAAAUCCUAACCUUCCAUUGCCUCAGAAUGUGACUGUAUUGGAAUCAUGGCCAUUGCAGAUAUAAUUAGUUAAGAUGAGGUCAUACUGGAAUAGGAUGGGCCCUUAACACAGUAUGACUGGUGUCCUUCCAAGUAGAGAAGAGACAGAGAGAUACACAGAAGAGAAUAUGGUAACAGAGGCAUAUAGUGAUGCAGCUGCAGGCUCACAAGUGCCAAGGGUUGAUGGCCACCACCAGAAGCUAGGAAGAGGCAAGGAAGGUUUCUACCCAGAGUCUCAGAGGGAGCAUAGCCCCAUGGAUACCUUUGAUUUAGGACUUCUUGCGUCCAGAACUGUGAGACAACACAUUUCUUUCCUUUGAGCCACACUCAGUUUGUGGUUUUUUGUUACAGUAGCCCUAGGAAACUCACACAGGGAGGAUGGAAAGGCAACCUCUGGGUGGAUGGUGCACUGAAUUGACCAAAUUGGAUUUUACAUGGACCAUCAAAGUAGAAUUUGAACAUUUAAUUAUGGGGAGAUGAUGCUUUUAGCAGACAGUAGAACACAAUACAUCAAGAAUUGAGCACCUCGAGAGAGCAUUUUGUUCCUUAUUCUGCAUUCGGCCGGGAAUUCACCUAAAUCUCUUUGCCUGGUCAGGAAUAUAUCUUCUUAAAGCAUUUAGGAGAAUGGCUCACAGGCUUCCUUAGAAUUAUUUGGAAGAAUGGCAGCAGGAAGGGCAGUUUGGUAUGGUUAGUUAACAUGUCCCUGCUUGUUUUUUCCAACUUGUGGGGCACAGCUGGAAGUGGAGUCCUGGAGACACUGUCUCUAUUUUAUUAUGCUUCCAGAAAUCUGAAUAAGGAAGCAGGGUUACUGCAAAUUAGCUACAUUUCCCUUUCUUUUUCUCAGUUUUGAGUUAGUGGGAGAUUUGCUGGGGCUUGUAUUCUUUUCAUCUUUUCAGGGGCAGUGGGAGAUGGCUGUCUGUCAGAGGCUUCUCUCCAGGCUGUCAUGAAAUGAAGAGGCGGCAAAGUCAUAUGUUCGAAGUUUGGAUUUCUGCCUCUUCCUCUUUAUUUUUGCGGUGGCCCUUUGACAAGGCUGACCUCCUUGUUCUCUGCAGAUUUUAUUCAGUGGUCGGCAUGUGAAUUUGAACAAACUUUCUCAUUGUUUUCCCUCCUGCUGUGACGGCCUGGGGUGGGAGUGGGGGGGUUUGCCCAUUGGUGGGAAAUGCCCCACUCAUCUAUCACUUUCGAAGCUGUCGAGGUUCUUUGUUGGGUCCAGAAGAAAAAUAAUCAGGUCUAGUCAAGCACCUUAAAUAUUCAAUAUGAUUAGAGGAAAAAUGAAUGGAUUUUGGAAACUCCUAUUGAUACUAAAUUCUACUCGCAGUUAGUCUUGGAUGUAAAUUUCAGAAAAUUAUAUGUAAAUGUACUCAUUAGUGCAUUGUAAUAUUGAACAUCUAUUUUGUCCCUGGGCAUUUUUUUUUUUCUUAGCUCAAAAGCUAUUACCACUGUUAUUAAAAACAGUAAUUGAUUUUCCAUUUUUUAAAAACUUGUUUUUUCCUUCCUGUUCCAUUUCAUCUCUGCAUUUUUGCCUGUGCAUUCCAAUAAUAUUUUCCUAAGGCUUGUAAAAGAAUUACAUUAUGCUCCAAUAAUUUUGAGGGCAAAGGGGAGGAAGGGCAAUGUGGUGUUACUGGAGAAGCUAUUUUAAAUUGGAAUGGGCCCAGAAAACAGACCCUCCAAUGACAAAUUGAAUGGCUUCAUGCUAAGGAUUUGAUUAUAUUGUGUGUGGUUUCAUCUGAACAUCAUAGAUCUUAUUUUGUAAUUAGAUAUUUUGAUAAAGCCCUAACUGAAUAGUGCU